GGCGACUUAAGGUCGAUUCACACACAUCAGUGACGUAUCAGUGCCGUGUCCGUUCAGUGUCAGUGAUACCGUGUUGUUUCCGUGACGUCUAUUCACACACAUCCGUGGUGCUGCCGUACACCGUGAAAUCAGUGUUUUCCAGGAUGGCAAAGUUUUCGGACGUGGAGUUGGCAAUGAUUGCCAUAAUUCUUGAUGAAGAGGAAGAGGCAGAACAAAAAGUGAAGAAAAGAAAGUGGGUACAUGAAGCGUGGCAGAAAAGAGAAACUGAAGGAGAGUUUGCGACUCUGUUCAAGGAAUUAACAGAUGAUGAAACCAAAUUUUUUCAGUACUUUAGAAUGUCCAAAAACUGCUUCUGGAUAUUGUUCAAUAAAAUGAAAACUCAACUGAAGAAACAAGACACCCACUGGAGAAAGGCCAUUAAACCAGAGGAACGAUUAGCAGUUUGUUUAAGGUACCUAGCUACAGGGGAUUCCUUAAGGACAAUUUCGUUCAGCUACCGCUUGGGGCAUAGCACAGUGUACAAAAUUGUUAUGGACACUUGCAGGAUAAUAACAGAAAAUCUCAUGAGCGAAGUACUACCAAAACCUUCAACAGAGAUGUGGAAAUCCAUUGCUAGUGACUUUUCAACACUUUGGAAUUUUCCUAACUGCUUGGGAGCUUUGGACGGGAAACAUUUUACCAUUCAGGCUCCCCCAAAUAGUGGUUCUUUGUACUUUAACUAUAAGAAGACAUUUUCAGUUGUUUUGUUGGCGCUUGUUGAUGCACAUUACAAUUUCAUCACAAUUGAUGUUGGUGCAUAUGGAAAGAGCAGUGAUGGUGGAAUUUUUGCAAAUUCUGGUCUAGGCAAAACACUACAGCAAGGCACAUUAUCAGUACCAGGGAAUGCUACAUUGCCAGGCACAAAUAGUACUAAGGCUCCGUAUGUAAUGGUUGGUGAUGAAGCAUUCCCUCUAAAAACUUAUUUGAUGCGACCAUAUCCUGGACAAGAUUUGGAUAAUUCUAAGCGUGUCUUUAAUUACAGACUGUCUCGUGCCAGAAGAGUUGUUGAAAAUACGUUUGGCAUUUUGUCUCAAAAAUUUAGAAUAUGUAACAGAAGAAUUCAAGCAAAACCAGAAAAUGUUGAUCACAUGAUACUUGCAAUCUGUGUUCUGCAUAAUUUCAUUAGAAAAUAUGAUGUAGAAACACGCCCGCAUGUGGUAAAUGCAACAGUGCCUAAAACAGCAGAAGCAAGACUUGAAAAUCUGCCUCUGCAGGGUGGAAAUGCAACAAGAGAUGCGUUAGCUGUAAGGGAGCUGUACAAAGAUUACUUUAAUUCAGAGGCUGGAUCUGUGCCAUGGUAGUUUUGAUGACUGCAUAUAAGAAGUCUAGGUACCUAGCAAAAGUAAACCUGCCAUGUAGUGUGACUACAAAAUUAAGAAUAUAUCAAAUACAUAAAUGAAAAAGAAAAAUGUGAUGUGAGGUGUUGUGGUGUGGUAUGAGGUGUGGUCUGCUGUGGUGUGGUGUGGUGUGGUGUGGUGUGAUGUGAGUUGUUGUAGUUUGAUAUGAGGUGAGAUGUGGUGGUGUGGUGUGAUGUGUUAGACUACUGUACACAAUAUUAAAAAGAGUACUUAC